GCGAGUUAUUAAUUUGCGCGGGAAUUUCUGACCCCCGCAGACGACAUUUGAACUCGGUCAGACAGGAGCGGUAUGACGGAAUAAGCGAAGAGACUGUGGAGAGUAGAUAAAUGUUAACAUCAAGCUUCCUUCUCGUCAAAACAACAUUCAACGGUGAAAGAGAAACAUCGGACAUUUACUGACUAUUAGCGACUCCAGGUAGAAACUCACUACAAACAUGAAGGGUUUAAAAACUGACAGCUUACAAGAAAUUAUUAUGACAACAGUGGUCCUAUCACUGGCAAUACUUUUACUUAAUUCAAGGUCUUCGUUGGCCGCACCAAUAGAAAAACGAUCGCAACACAUGCCUAUACAUUUAUUUUGUGAUUCACCUAUCACAGUUGGGGACGGUUUAUUAAGAGAUAUGAUGUUUCUUGUUGGUGACGAGGACAUGGACGGUUUUCUGACUGAACAUGAAAUCACCUCAUUUUAUAGAGAAACGGUACAUUACACAGACUACGUUGCUCAAACUUACGGAAGAUCUUUUAUUGAAAUUGCUGAUUUAGACCACGAUGGCACACUUAAUCCCGAUGAGUUGCUUUGUAUGUUGUCGGCAAUGAGCGCCUCCAGCUGGACACGGCGGUGAAAUUUUUCCUGCCACGCUAAAUUUUAUUCUUUCAAAGAACAUCUUUGCGCCUGUAGCGGCGGACUCCACAAACUUUGCCAAUCACUGAGCAUAAUUAAGUUAUCACUCUUUUCAUGGACAAUUCAUUUUUGUCUGUUUUAGUUGCAUUCAUUAUAGGAGGAAGACAAAGUGAAAGGCAAACAGAAAAAGUAGAGGGUAUUAGAGCUUUUCUGACAAUAUAAAUUAACGGUGUAAAGAAAAAUACUCGUAUAAAGCAGUUAAAUAUAGUAUAAAUUAUUGUUAUGUUUAAUGUACUUUUGAUUUAUAGCUUAAUAAUUAUUUUGGACAUAUCUAUUUAUCAUCUAGGCUAUGCAUACUGGAAAGCUUUGAGAACGUUUAUUAACUUUAUAUAAACAAUAGAGCAACACUCAUGAACUUAAAAGUUCAUUUGUUAAUGUCUGGUCUUGAUCGUAUAGAUUUCACUGGAAAACUGUUUAUUUGCAUUUAAAAGGUAAAAUGGGACGUUUCUUUUUUUGUUGAAAAAAGGCAUGAGCAAUAUGAGUUUAUAUUUAACUGAUUAAGGUUCAUUCAAUAAUAAUUUCUUACAUUUGGAAACAACAGAAAUUUAAUAUAAAAUGCGGAAUCUGAUGUUGUAAUAUGAAAUACUAUGAUAAUUAUACAAAUGUUUUCAUGGUUCGCUAUUUUUGGAAUGGUAUCUUUUUCAAAGCUUUUCAAUCUGUAGGAUACUGACAUAUUUUUUAUCUGUAAAGUAAAGAGUUUUCUACUUUUUUCAAUUCUUUCGUACUUAUUGAAUCAGCUUAACUUAAGAUAUUAAUAUUGACGUGUACAUAUCAGAAACAUUCAUCGCUCCAUUAAGGGUGGUUAAAUUGACGUCAAAGGUUUUUUUACCAUUCUUUUCAUUUAUCAUUUGCAUAUAUCGAUGAUGACUGGAGACAUUGUCUUAAAAUGCUCCUUUUUAAAUGUUACAUAAUCUUGAUUUAUUAUUUAACUUUCUGAAUACGGGAUAACCCUAUAACUGAUGUUUGACGAAAAUUCUAAACAUGGAAUUCGAUUAUUUAUUUGCACAUUUGUUUCAAUAUAAACUGACGUAAUUAUCGUAUUAUACAAUUUACAUUCCAUCAUAUUUUGUAUGUUAAAUGAUUGUUGCAUGUACAAUUCAUGUAAAUUUGUGAUGUAUAAUCAAAAUAAUGUACUACUAAAGAAAUAAAUAUUUGUAAUGUUUCAUUAUUUCGGAAAUAAUUUGGAAUGAUGGCAUAGAAAUCAAACAACUAUUAAUAGUUGUUGUUAACGAAAAUGUAUGUACGCAAUAUAUUUCUAUUUAUGCAUUUAUGAUCAAUUGAUUAUGUAUAGUAAGCUAUAAAAUCAUUACUCUGACAUUUAAAUUUCAUUCAAAUUUUGAAAUAAUAAUGAUAAUCAUAGUGCUAUAACAGUAUGGUUCAUUUUCUUGAAACAUUUGCUCGAAGCACACAAGACCAGUCUGUAAGCUAUUUUUAUUUUUUUUUUCACUUUUUCACUUUAAUUAAUUUUUCUUUCUAUAUUUAAUUUGAAUUAAUCAUAUCGGCUUAUUCACUACCGAAACACCUUUUCUACUGUUUUUUACCCUCAUAUCUAAUAAACGCCUUCUUUACUAGUAAAAUAUCACAGCCAGAAAAAAGAAUGACCUCUUGCUGUUGGUGCUAGAGUCAAUGUUAUUUGCAUGAUUGACCAUUCAAAUCCACGUUCUAUACAUCUAAAAGGAGUUAGAUAUUCUGUUGAUAUACCAUAUUAAAUUGUAUAUAUAAUUAAUGUAAAUAAUUAUGAAAGCAUGACAAUUUUUCAAUAGAAAAUAAUUGAUACAUAAUUGAAGCUGAGUUAUAUAAUACAAGAUCUGAUUAAUGACACACUGUCUAAUGACAGUAAGAAUAAUUAUAACCUAUGAGAUUUGAUCAUUUUGUGCAACGUAAACAUUAUAAAGAACAAUGUGUUUGUUCAGCCUGUGAUGUUUUUAAAGACGUUUUAAACAAACUGUUUUGUUUCAUGAAUUGUAUCUUAUUUCUGAGAUUUUUCUUGUAAAAAUUUUCAUUCGCACUGAUUUAAAUAUGUUCUUUUAUAUUCGUUAAUAUGUUUCUUGUAUGUUUUGACAUAUAAAGUUAGGCGAACAAUUCACUUUACAAACAUUGUCCUUUUUCCAAAAUUCUUAAAUACCCUUUUCUUAAAUUUACACUUAUACAUUUUGGCAUUGUC